AUGCCUUCCAUGAACCCAAAACUUAGUUUGUGCAUUGAGAGCAUGCCACCAGAAACGCUGAUGAAGAUAUUUUCCUAUUUGGAUGCUGCGUCCCUGUUAUCUGUUGGUUGUGUGAAUAAGCACUUCUAUCAGCUGGCCAGUGACAAUGGAAUCUGGCUGAAAAUCUAUUCCAGAUGUUUUCAACCCAAAAGGACAAUUUGGAAACUGAAGUCUGAACAAACAGAAACUGUUUCUGUGGGCUGUGCUGCUCUACAUGAUACAAAGCCUGGGUACUGGAAGAAAGAAUACAUCUUCAAACAAAUAGCUUCUGUCAAAACUAGAGUAAUACGACUUCUUAGACCUAUAAAUCCUUAUACAGGCCUUCCAUGUAAAAACAAAGAAGCUAUGAAAGCCUCUGGCUUGAGUUGGAUACUUGUUCUAAAGGACAAAAAUGGAAAGGAACAUGUAAUGGAGAAGGCAAAGCUAUCGUUUAAGGAUACAUCUGUUACUGUGCUUUGGCACAGUACAGAUUGGCCUUGCUUAGACAUCCUGUCAAGCCUAAAACUGUUUGGAGUUACACCAUUGCUUCUUGACCAAGGCAGAGCUCCCAUCAAGAAUGGACCUCGUCGACGUUCCUUGAUUGCGGAAUACCAUCUAGCUAACCUGACUGAAAGUAGUGUAGCAAUUGGUGCCAAUAAACUUGUCCAACUCUUCAGUCUGAAUCCAGGACUCUUAGUAGGACUUUGGAAGGAGAAAAAUGAAAUUGCUUUUGUUAUGGCGGGUCUUCAUUAUCAUCAGCUUCUUGAGAGAAGCACUUUGGGUUCUGCUACUGUUCAAUAUGCCCCUCCACCUAAUAAACCUGUAUUAGAUGAUAUCGACCCAGAAUAUGGCCUGCAUGACUACAAUCUGCAUUUUGAUAUGCAUGGUGAAAGCUGCACCUACCUGUGUGGAACAUUCAGGAGCCUCUUCUGCAGAAAAGGUGACAUUGAAAAUGGAUAUUUGAAGCUCACAGUUCUAAGUGUAAAGGAUAAUAAAAAGCACUUGCCUCUUUCUGGGACACUUGGCUUAUCCUGGGAAACAGAAGUAUUUAAAGGCAAGGUGAAGAACUGCUACAUGAUGAAUGUUACUCUCCUAGAAGGAAAUGGAAAGCCCUUCUGGUGUUUCAGUGCUCCAGUCUACCUGGAACGGUCUUCCAAGUCGUCCAGCCUUUACGACUGCGUGGGCCCUAUCUAUACCACAGACUAUGCAGAUUCAGAGGGUAAAGUCUGUGUUGAGUUCCUGUGGUUGGAAGAAACCAAAGAGUAUUUUAUAGUCAGUUUGGUGCUUUAUAUAAGCACCAAAAAGGUAAAUAACUGGUAUGGAACAAAUUACUGA